AUGAAAUCCCUUUGCAGUUUGCAGCCUCAUCAAUUCUUGAAAUUAGACAUCCUAGUAUUGUGAGUAAAGAUAUGGCAACUUCUGGUGUUGGUGGAGACAAAUACAGAUCCUACUUGACUGAGGAGGAGCUCAAGACCACACAAUGGAACGCUGGUCCUCCUAAUUACGACGUGGUCAAUAGGCUCUUUGAAGAAGGGAGAACCAAAGUAUGGCCUGUUGGAUCAUUAGAGGAGAAAGUGCAGAAUCUUGUCAAGACAUGGGAAAUGGAACUGGUCCAUAAGGCCAAUCCGGAUGACUACAAAACACUUGAUGCUAACAAGUUUGUUCUCGGCAUCAAUGGCAAAAAGUAUUUUACACUGGAGGAGGUGGGAAAGGUAGGUGGAAGCUACAACGUGUUCUUGCAAACUUCAUUGCCACCGGCAUUGAGGUCCUACGACCCUGAUCAGGAGUCGUACGAGUCGUCCCAGUCUGCUUUCAAGACGGUAUUCCCUCGAGGAUUUGCUGUUGAAAUUCUUCAAGUUUAUUCGGGGCCUCCGGUGAUUGCCUACAAGUUUAGGCAUUGGGGUUACAUGGAGGGACCGUUCCAAGGACAUGCUCCCACCGGAGAAUUGGUUGAAUUCUUUGGGACAGCAAUUUUUGAGUUGGACGAAAACUCCAAGGUCGUGAAAGUUGACUUCUUUUUCGACCGUGGAGAACUGCUGGCGGACCUUAUCAAGGGGGAAAGAACUGGUGAAGCUUCAAGCAAUGCGCCCUCAGGCUCAGGCUCACGCUGCCCUUUCAUGGCUUAAGCAUCAAUUGUCUCUACCUUUAUUUUUAUUUUUAGACGUAUUUUCUGUGACUAAAUUUGGAAUAAUUUCAAUAGAUGGGUUCAUCAUGUGUCCUUUGAACUAUUGUAAUUCAAAUUUGUUUGUAUUUUAAUUAAGAGUUAAAUUUAUUUUAACC